CAGACAAUGGCCGAGGGGGGCAGCGAACGGGGGGUAGCGGCGGGUCGGUGCCUGCUGCCCGCCUCCUCCCCGCCUUCCUCCUCCUCCUCCUCCUUCUUCUUCUUCCCGGGUAGGAAAGUUUCAGCGUCGAUCUCGGAGCAACAACCGGGCCGGGCUUUUGGCAGCCUGGCCCCUUCGGUACGGCAGCUUUCGCUUCGUUUUAGCGAACCGGAGCCGCCGGGUCCGGUUGAUGCCGGGGCUCAGCCGGUUCCCCCGGCCCCGCCGCCGCCGCCGCCGCCGCCGCUGGGGCUGAGCGCGGAGCCGCCGCGCUGGCCCAGCGUCCCGGCGAUGCGCAAACUCUUCGGGGAGAGCUGCCGGCAGCCCGCGGCGGGGAGCGGGGCUGCGACCGGCCCCGGCUCCGGCCCCGGGAGCGGCCGCGGGGCGCCCCCGCCGCCCCCGCCCCGCAGCCGCGUCCCGCACCCCGCGCUGCGCGCCCCGCAUUCCGCGCAUAACUCGGCUCGACCGCAGCCGCCCGCCUCCUCCCCGGCAGCCUUCGAGGACCCCGCGGGCUCCCCGGGCGGAGAAGGGCUCCCCGGGGCUCCGCGGCCCCGCGCCGAGCGGAGGAAGGAGGGCGGGGGCUGGGAGAGCCCGGCGGGUGCCGAGGGCGAAGCGGGGACCCCCCGGCACCCCGUGGUGGCCCGGGUGGCCAAGGUGAGCAUCUUGCCCUUCGGGACGCGGAGCGGCGGUCGUUAUUCCAGCGCGGAGACGCUGAAGGAAGAGGAGCAGCUUGGGAUCGCUUGGCCCAGCCGAGGACGGGCUCUCCAGGCGGGUUACACCAUCUAUCGGUCGCCCAGUUUUGGGGCGAGCGAUGGGCUGGCGUGGGGACAGCCGGCGGUGCGCAUCCGUCCCAAGGUGCCGCAGGGCACGGCCAAGGCGAAAGCAGACUUUGAGGGUGAGACCCUGCGCCAGCCGGGGCCAGAAGAGGAGCGGGCCAAGCACCGCAAGUCCUUGUCCAACCCUGACAUUGCCACUGAGACCCUGACGCUUCUCAGCUUUCUCAAAUCGGACCUCUCGGAGCUGAAGGUGAAGAAGAAGGGGGUAAGGAUCAGCCUCGACGUGGGCUCUGACGGCUGCUCUGGCAUCGCCAACCCCUCCCCGAGUAGCAGCAGUGCUGCUCAGCCCGCCAACCGCUGGGCAGCGGGCGAGCGGCCAACGCUGAAGGACCUGACGGCCACUUUGCGUCGUGCCAAGUCCUUCACUUGCUCCGAAAAAUCAGGGACACGGCGGCUUUUCCUACAAAGCACCAUGAAGCAGAGCUCCUCUGAGCUCCUUCUGGCCACCACUGACAGCCGGGACCAGGUGGCUUCAGAUGUGGGACAGCAGGGGGAUGAGGAUGCUCUCCCCAUGGUCAUCCAGGACCAGUACAUCCAGGAGGCAAGGCAGGUCUUUGAAAAGAUCAGCAGGAUGGGUUCACAGCAGGAUUACAGCUUCACAGCUGAGCAGAAGGACAGUGGAGGUGUGGAGGGCAGCGAGGUGAUGGCAUCGACGGGGACAAUGGACGUGACCCUUAGGGGACAGUUGGAGAGCACGCGGUGUUUGAAGGAAGUGGAGUUGGAGGAGAACCUUUCUCGCAGGAAAUCUGUGGAGGAGCUGUCGGGUCAUGAGUCAAGUGUGACAGAUGAGGGCAUCGUCACAGAGCCAGAGCCUGUGGGGAUGCCCUUCCAAGACCUGCAUAAAGCUGUGGAUGCCUGGACACUGCCCAAUGCCGGGCCAGCAGCCAGUGACACUGAAACGCCAGUGCCCGUUCACCCGGCAGCAGCGGUUGAAGACCUUCCAGCUGGCAAAUCUGAGACACCAAGCACCCCUGGCAGCUUGCGGCGCCGCCGUAAGUUCCCCUCAGCAGGCGCCAACGGGAUGGAGGGUGGCAGUGACUGUGGCACCGAGUCCUACCGCUCCCUCAGUGACCCCAUGCCCCACCGGAGAUGCUCAGUGGUGGAGGAGGUGAAGAAUUUCUCUGUUGACAGCAACCUGCUGGGCUCACUGAGUGCCAAGGCAGGCAUUCACCAACCUGCUGCUUUUGCAGGCAGUGCAGGCAGUGCAGGCAGCGACCUGUCACUCAGCAGUGAUGGGCCGCGGGACUACAGCAGCCUCAUCCAAACCAUUGUCAGCCAGCCUGGUGCCAUGGCUAAGCUCAUUGAUGAGAAGGGCAAUGGCAAGACCAUCAAGAAGAAGUCGUUGAGCGACCCCAGUCGCCGCAGUGAGCUGCCAGCUGGUGCCUUUGAAGGUCCUGGUGAGGCCAUCAGUGAGCUGGAGCCCAGCAUCCCACCAUCCAGCAGCGAGCCCAUCCUCUCGGCACAACCAGCAGCCCCAGGCACUGGCCGUGGCUAUGGCUUUGACCCCAAGCUGGCUGAUGUGUUGUCUCCUCGCAUUGCCCGUCGUAACUCCAAGAAGCGCUCCAACCGUGCGGCUCACCAGGAAAACCAACCACCACCAGCGCCUGCCGUCCUCGCCAAGAGUCGCCCGGCCACCAAGCAUGUUCGUCACACCAGUGAGCCCACUAGCUUCAUCCCCAUCACCAUCCCUGAGCCACUUGUCCCCUCCAGCCACCACAGCCACCUCCCUGCACCAGCUGCCAGCCACUCACCUGGCAAAUCCUUCCCGACCCUCCAACCUCCUUCGCUGGAGGACGUCACCAAGCGGUACAUGCUGGCCCUCAACUCAGGUGAUGCAUCCCCCAGUCCUGGGGAUGGACCAUGCUCUCCGCCCACUGCCCCACCACCCCGGCUGCCCCGGUGCCCACGGCCACCCGAUGAACACGGCCCCAGGACCAAGCCACAGGUGGACAUGAGGAAACACGUCAUCAUGACACUUCUGGACACAGAACAGUCCUACGUGGAGUCCUUGCGCACCUUGAUGCAGGGUUACAUGAAGCCACUGAAGCAGCCAGAGAACUCACUGCUGUGCGACCCAUCGCUGGUGGAUGAGAUCUUUGACCAGAUCCCUGAGCUGCUGGAGCACCACGAGCAGUUCUUGGAGCAGAUCCAUGACUGCGUGCAGAACUGGCAUGAGAAGCAAAAAGUGGGCGACCUCCUUGUGCAGUCGUUCUCCAAGGAUGUGCUGGUGAACAUCUACUCUGCCUACAUUGAUAACUUCCUCAAUGCCAAGGAUGCCGUCAGGAUUGCCAAGGAAGCCCGGCCAGCAUUCAUUAAGUUCCUGGAGCAAAGCAUGCGAGAGAAUAAGGAGAAGCAAGCUCUCUCUGACCUGAUGAUCAAGCCAGUGCAGAGGAUCCCACGAUACGAGCUGCUGGUGAAGGACCUCCUGAAACACACACCAGAGGACCACCCCGACCACCCAUUUCUCAUCGACGCUCAGCGCAACAUCAAGCAAGUAGCCGAGAGGAUCAACAAGGGCAUGAAGAGUGCAGAGGAGGUGGAGAGAAAUGCCCGGAUUGUGCAGGAGAUUGAGUCCCACAUUGAAGGGAUGGAGGAUCUCCAGGCCCCGCUCCGCAGGUUCCUGCGUCAGGAGAUGGUGGUGGAAGUGAAGGCAGUGGGUGGCAAGAAGGACCGCUCCUUCUUCCUCUUCACGGACCUGCUGGUGUGCACCACGCUGAAGCGAAAGUCAGGCUCCCUCCGCCGCAGCUCCAUGAGCCUGUACACGGCAGCUAGCGUGAUUGACACUGCCAGCAAGUACAAAUUGCUCUGGAAGCUGCCACUGGAGGACGUGGACAUCGUCAAAGGUGCCUCACAAGCCACCAACCGGGAGAGCAUCCAGAAGAGCAUCUGCCGCCUUGAUGAAGACCUCAGCACAUUGGGGCAAAUCAGCAAGCUGUCAGAGACCCUCAGCUUCCCCCACCAGAGCCUGGAUGAUGUGAUCAAGGACAUGAUGGCUGCCGUCCACCGGGACCUGGCAGAGAAGCAAUCCCUGUCCUUCAGCAUGGCCUUCCCCCCCAACAAGAUGGAACUCAGCACCACCAAAGCCGAUGGCACUGAGUCCUUCAUCUUUGAGUUCCCCAACCCUGACGCUCGGCUCAGCUUUGAGCAAGCCUUUGAGGAUGCCAAGAAGAAGCUGGCUUCCAGCAAAAACUGCCUGGACCCGGAGUUCCUCAAGGCCAUCCCCAUCAUGAAGACACGCAGUGGCAUGCAGUUUUCUUGUGCUUCUCCCACCCACGGCAUCCCAGAAAGCUCCCACGAGGUUUGGGUUUGCAACAGCGAUGGUUAUGUGGGACAGGUUUGUUUACUUAGCAUCCGAAAGGAGCCCACAGUGGAGGCAUGUAUCGCCGUCUGCUCCGCUAGGAUCCUCUGUAUCGCCUCUGUUCCUGGUCUCAAGCGGGCAUAUAGGGAGCGUGCCGAGCCGGUGGGCAGCCCCUCCUCGGAGCCGAUGCCAGGACAGCCGGAGGAUGCAGGGCCACAGCCGUGCCUGCACAUCUCAAUCUCGGGUUCGUCACUGGAGCUCUCAGAGCCAGUUGACGGUGGCAACAGGGAGCUGAUGCCCUUUGAUAGUGAUGACACGGAUGAUGAGUCCUCGCCCAGUCCUUCGGGGACACUGCAGAGCCAAGCCAGUCACUCCACCAUCUCCUCCAGCUUUGGCAAUGAAGAGAUCCAAACCUGCAAGGAGGCAGUGGCAGAGACAACAAGCUCAGAGGAAGAGCAAGAACCCAGCUUCAUGCCCAUCACCGGCACCUAUGGCCAAAACCGGCACGGCGAGAGCCCCACGGACGGGCGAGCCCUGCGCCGCUCCAGCCGUGGCUCCUUCACCCGGGGCAGCCUUGAGGAUCUCCUCAGCCUUGACCCUGAAGCCCAUCAAAGUUCCAUGUGGUUGGGCACCGAGGAUGGCUGCAUCCAUGUGUACCAGUCCUCGGACAACAUCCGUAACAGGAAGAACAGCAUGAAGAUGCAACACGCUGCUGCAGUCAUGUGCAUCUUGUACCUGGAUAACCAGGUUUUUGUGUCAUUGGCCAACGGAGAGCUCGUUGCUUACCAGCGGGAAGCAGGCCACUUCUGGGACCCCCAAAACUCCAAGUCUCUGUCCCUGGGCUCGCCAGGGAGCCCCAUCACCAAGAUGGUGGCAGUGGCGGGGAAGCUCUGGUGUGGUUGCCAAAACCGGGUCAUCAUCCUCAACACCACCACGUUGGCACAAGAGCACACCCUCCAGGUGGGACAGGACAGUGGGCGCAGUGUGACCUGCAUGGUGAGCACAGGGACCGGCGUGUGGGUCGCGCUGCAGAGCAGUGCCCAGGUCCGGCUUUACCAUGCCACCAGCUACGAGCAGUUGGCUGAAGCAGAUAUCACCCCUCCGGUACACAAGAUGCUCGCUGGCUCGGAUGCCAUUAUCCGGCAGCACAAGGCAGCCUGCCUUCGGAUCACGGCGCUCCUGGCAUGCAAGGAUUUGCUGUGGAUCGGGACCAGUGCUGGCGUGGUGCUGACCCUCACCAUCUCAGCCAAGGCAGCCCCGGUGCUGGUGGGGCUCUCCCAGGGUCACACUGGCCACGUCCGCUUCCUCACUGCUAUCGAACUACCUGACAGCUUCGACAUCCUUUUCCCGUUGCCAAGGGAGACGGGGGCCGAGAAGCUGAGUGAAGCGGAGAAGCGAGACCCAUCACGCCUCCGUGCUCCCACCCUCACCCUCUCCAAACCCAAGAUGUUGGUGAUCAGUGGAGGGGACGGCUAUGAGGAUUUUCGCCUUACCAGCAGCAGCGAGACGGUGGGCCGGGACGACAGCACCAACCACCUCCUCCUCUGGAGAGCAUGAAUGGCCACACAACCCGCCUCGGGACCAUCCCGGCGAGGAAGGGGGGUGCUGGCCCCCCUGUACGCAGAGGAGGGGGGCACUGACCCCCUCCCCGCCACCCCCCGCCCCAGCGCCUCUCAUCUCCAACCCGGCUGUUCUCUGUGUGCUUGGGGUUGGGGGGAUGAGCCCCGGUCCCCCCACCGUCCCCCACACCAGACUGCGAGGGGACACACCGCUUUCGGGACCUGGAGAGAUAGAGGUGGGGUGUGCAUUCGCUUGGGAAGGCACUAACGAAGGAGGAAGGCGUUAACAAGCGUCCCUGGGGACCAGCCAGAGGAUGCUGUACAGCCAGGAACCUGCCUUGCUCUCCGGUUUUGUGUGUGCCUGCUUCGGGGUGGGGGGUGUGUGGGUGCAGCGCUGUCACCCCUUCCUCCCCCUGAACCCCCGGCCAUGCUGUGGGACCACCCCAGGGACAAUACGCCUGUGGUGUCUUUCCUGCCCUGGGACUCCUGCUAACUUGCUCGCUCCAUUGCCAGCACCCAGAAAGCUCUGUUUGUUUGUUUGUUUUAAAUAUAUAUAUAUAUUAUAUAUAUAUACAUCCUUAUUUAUUUGGGAUGGGGGGCUCGGAGGGGAUCAAGCGCAUCAUCAUGUUGCUGCCAGCUGCUCUGCUCCAGAGCAGGGGAAUUAAAACCCUCCUGGUUCAUUGCCUUGAGGCAGAGUUGGACCCCACUGAGGGAGCUGAACGUCACAGGGAUGCUGUUGGUGGGGAGACCUCUUGGUAAUUGGGGUGUCCCUUUCCAUCUCUGUGAUUCCCAUGGGAUUUUGCAGCCUGGGGAAUGCAGCGAAGCCACCACUGACAUUUGAAGCGUCUUCUGGAUGAGAACAAGCAUCUUCUUUUCACUCCCCUGUCAGACACCAGGGAUGUCCCCCCACUCCUAAAUUGGGAUGACAGCAGUUGGGACCCUAAAAAUGAGGCUUCUGUGGACCACCCCUCCUAUGUUUGCCCUUUCCCCCCCAUUUUCCUGCUUUUACCCCAGGGUCCAAAUGAGGCCAGUGCUCGCAGACCUGGGCACCAUGCUGUCCCCAUGGUAGAGGUGACAACCACAAUGCUGGGGAUCAACCAGGGUUGAUCAGCCAGGGUCCCCAUCCCCAGGCAGCCUCAUGAGUGACAGGAAUGCUGCUGUCCCACAUCUAUCUAUCCAUCUGGGAGAGGAGGGGAUGUUAUAAUUGGGGUGAUCGAGAUAUU